UGUGGGAUAAACUCUAACAUUAUUAAUUAAAUAUAUUGUUAUGUUGUAAUCCUUGAAGCAAAUGAAUCUACAUCCGGGACCUAUUUUACGUGAUGUUUUAGUACUUGAAGUGGGAGACCAUAGACCAGUUCGUGUGAUUGAGUUCUUACGAGAAUACGGAUUUUAUGAGGUUGAGAAAGUUGGUGGCUUGCAGUUGGACUGGGCUUUGAUCACUUCUCUAGUGGAGAGAUGGAGACCCGAGACCCAUUCAUUCCAUCUUUCCUUUGGAGAGAUGGGUGUGUUACCAUCGAUGGUCAGAUUGUACCACACACUCCAUACGAGCAUACAGGGACCAGCUAGACAGAUUGCUCGAGGGAGAGUUUGUUUGGAUGCCGUAUCUGAAUCUCGAGACCCUAUCGCCUGCCCUAUUGUUCAGCUGGAGUCAGAAUAUGGAUUUCAAGAAGGGAUAUACUCUGUGGUGGUGGAUGGGUCGUCCAACAUUGCUCAGCGGGAGACAUUUACGGUGAACUUAAAUGCACGAACAUGUGUAGAAGAAGAAGAAGGUCUGGGAAGGGCUACUUCUUCUUAUGGCUAUUAUGCCUACCACAGGAGAUCAAGAAGUGCCUCAGAUAAAAACCUGAAAGGAUCUGAUCAGCUGCAAAAGGACUCCAAUGAAUCGCAUGGAUUUCCACCUGCGACACGAAGCAGCAGAGCUUCCUUGGAAAGAGAUAUUGAGCUGCUGCAAUUGCGCUUGAAGCAAGAACGAUCAAUGCGGAUGUUGCUCGAGAGGGCAAUGGGACGAACUUCUAGCACUCUUUCCCCUGGCCAUAGACAUUUUUCAGCUCAGACAAAGGAAUUGAUAGCUGAGAUAGAGUUACUUGAGGACGAGGUGGCGAACCGGGAGAAGCAUGUUCUUUCUUUAUAUAGGAGCAUUUUUGAGCAAUGCACGAGCCGCCCAUCAUCUUCUGAACAAAGCUCGGUCGCAACUUCUCCAGCACAUUCAAAAACAACAGAGUCAAGAAAGAAGCACCCUAGUAUAAUUUCCAGUGCCUUUUGUUCAUCAAAGAAGUUUCCUUUAAGGUCUUCUUUCCAAGCCCUCUCAUCCAAGAAUGUCUCUGGGAAAAGAAGUUCCCACUCCAAAACGAAAAGUGCUUCGAUCUUUAGCUGCGAAAGAGACCAACACAUUCAGAAAUGUCCAUCUGGGAAUGAGAAGGUAGUGCAAAGAGCUCCAUUGGUAAAGACUCUGAAGGAUCAUCUCCACCAGUGUCCAAGUAAGUUGUCAGUGGAAAUGGUCAAGUGCAUGUCAGCAAUAUACUGCUGGCUACAGAAGACGAUUGUUGUCAAUACAGGAAAAAGAGAAUCAGUCAAAAUUCCUUGGCAUGAUAUCAACGAAGAGAAAGACCGGUUCCGUAAAUCUACAAUUGUAAUUUCUUGGAUAUCAACUGAUAAAAGUAACUUCUCCCAUGCAUCUUAUGCAAUCAACAACUACAGAGUUAUGGUGGAGCAACUGGAAAGGGUGAACAUAUCUCAGAUGGAAACUAAUGCAAAGAUAGCUUUCUGGAUCAACUUAUACAAUUCCUUAGUCAUGCAUGCGUUUCUAGCAUAUGGCAUACCACAAAACUCUAUUAGAAGGCUGGCUUUGUUUCACAAGGCUGCUUACAACAUUGCUGGCCAUGCAGUAAGUGCAAAUGCCAUUGAGCAGACAAUCUUUUCCUUGAAGACUCCACGGAUGGGAUGGUGGCUGGAGGCUAUCCUUUCAACUGCUAUAAGGAAAAAAACUGGAGAAGAAAAAGAGCUAAUCAGCUCAAAAUUUGGCCUCAAAGAACAACAACCUCUUGUUUGCUUUGCUCUUUGCACAGGAGCUUUUUCUGAUCCUAUGCUAAGAGUAUACACGGGAUCAAAAGUCAGAGAGGAGCUAGAAACCGCGAAAAGGGAGUUUCUCCAAGCGAAUGUGAUUGUAAAGAAGUCACAGAAAGUGGUGUUACCAAAGUCACUUGAGAGAUAUGCAAAGGAAGCUCACAUCCCCCCAGACGAUCUUUUGAGGUGGAUCAUGGAAAACGUUGACAAGAAGCUUCGCGAUUCAGUACACAAUUGCAUGGAGCGUAGAGCAUGUAAGAAGGCUUCUAGCAUCAUCCAUUGGUCUCCUUACAGUUCAAGAUUCCAAUAUGUGAUCUCAAAUGAUUUAGUUGAGAAACCAUGGUAUGCUUAGGUGAUUUGAAAAAAAUGUAGAGGCAGGUAAGCAUGUAACAAUGAUAACAAUCCAUAAUAAACUUGAUCAUUCUUU